UUAACAGUCAUAGUUAACAGUCACACCGUGGGACUUUCAUCCUCAUGGCAACACAAAAUAUACUGCUCGGAAAUCACAGGGAAGUUCCUGGAGGAGCGGUACGAGAUCGACUCCUCCCAGAUCUGUCCGUUAGAGACGAGAUGCAGUCACAUCAUGUACGUCGACUCAGAUCAAAUUGAGCAGAUGACGGUGACUGUGAUAGAUGCACACCACUGUCCUGGCAGUGUCAUGUUACUCUUUGAGGAAUAUUUCGGUAAAGUUUUAAAAUACACAGGGGAUUUUCGUUUUGACUCAAACAUGAAAAAUGAUCCACUGAUGGAAAACUUGUCUGGUACAGAUGUUGUGUAUCUAGAUAAUACUUAUAUCUCCCCAAGAUGUAUGUUUCCAUCUAGAGAAGAAAGCCAGAAGCUAAUUUUAGGAAUUAUUCAUAGCCAUGAAGAAUUCAGUGUAAAGAUUGGACUGAGAAACUUAGGAAAGGAAGACCUUUUAGUAGCCAUUGCUCAGGAUCUUCAGGAGUGGAUCAAAGUCAGUCCUGCCUUCUUUCAGGUUCCAGAAAUCCUAGAUCUUCCAGAUGUUUUUAUUACAGGAGAAACAGAUGCAAGAAUUGAAGUUGUUCCCUUUUACUCCAUUUCCAACAAAAAUAUUGAGAGGUGGAACAAAGAACAGCCUGCAAUAGCUAUUCUUCCUACCUCCCUCUAUACAGGGUUAGAGAUGAAUCCUUUCUGUAACCAGGAUAAUGUGUUCAUUGUGCCAUAUUCUGAUCACUGCUCAUUUGAUGAGCUCACUGACUUCAUAAAGCUCGUCAAACCAAGGUCUGUUUAUCCAAUUGUAAAUGACAUGAAUCGGGGUUCUUUUGGAAUUAGUAUUUCAGAUCGGGCAGAUGUUUUGGUUUUCAAGCCGUACCUCAGCAGUCCAAGGAAGAAAAAUUUUGAAAUUCCUGACAGUGUCAAGAGGUGGAUGUUUGGGAAUCGAACCCUACCUCCCUCCAGACUGCUAAACAAGAAACUGCUUGCCUUAAGAAGGAAGAGAUCUCUACAGAGCAUAAAGAGAGAAGUCCAUUUCGAUGAUUCAAUGGAGUAUUUUUCUGAAGAGAAGACAAAGAAGAAGAAAAUUCUCAACAACAAAGGAGGUGAUGAUAAAAAAUCUGGACAAGAGGAUAAAUGUGUGCCUACAGGAUGUGGGACAAACUUCUGA